AUGAAUGCAAUCCUGUUGGCCCCUUAUGAGGCUGACGAUGUCAAGAAAGCUCUGUUCCAGAUGUUUCCCCUUAAGGCACCUGGCCCUGAUGGUUAUCCGGCUUUCUUUUUUCAGAAACAUUGGGAUAUAUGUGGACCUGAUGUUACCCGGGCAGUUUUAAGUAUUGUGCAGGGCAAUGAGUCGGCGGAGAUUAUCAAUGACACUAUUCUGGUAAUUAUUCCUAAGCUUGAUAUGAUGAAAGCAUACGACCGGGUAGAGUGGGAGUAUUUGGAGGCGAUUAUGCUGAAACUGGGGUUUUCACAGCAAUGGACGUCAGUCAUUAUGGGUAUGGUAAACUCGGUUUCGUUCUCGGUAUUAUUCAAUGGGAACAAGUUGGAGGAAUUUAAACCAACAAGAGGUAUAAGACAAGGUGAUCCAAUCUCACCCUAUCUCUUCUUAUUAGCAGCAGAGGGCCUUUCGUGCCUUUUAAAAAGUAAUGUUCAGUCAUCGCAUCUCGAAGGAAUUAAAGUGGCCCCGCUGGCACCGCCAGUGAACCACUUGUUGUUUGCGGAUGACAGCCUGCUGUUCUUUAAGGGAAGUAGAGAGGGAACAGAAGCUUUGUCUGGCUUAUUGGAGGUUUACUGUCAAGCUUCAGGACAGAGGAUAAACAGGGAUAAAUCAUCAAUCUUCUUUACCAAAGGCUGUCCCCAAGCUGUAAGAGAAGUGGUCAAGAAUGUCUUGCUGGUUGCAAAUGAGUCACUAAAUGAAAGAUACCUUGGCAUGCCCACAGAUGUGGGGAGCUCAAUUAAUGGAACUUUUAAGUUCCUUAGGGAGCGUGUCUGGAACAAGAUUAAGGGAUGGAUUGAAAAGAUCUUGUCGGCAGGGGGAAAGGAGGUACUGGUGAAGUCCAUUGCGCAGGCCAUCCCAGUGUUCUCGAUGGCAUGUUUUCGUUUACCCCGUGGCUUAUGUGAUCACAUCAACUCCUUGAUCCGUCAGUUCUGGUGGGGGAGCAAGCAAGGGAAGCGCAAAGUGCACUGGGUAUCGUGGGAGGUUAUGACGAGGCCAAAACAUCUGGGGGGUUUAGGUUUUCGUGACAUUGAGCUAUUCAAUCUAAGCUUGCUUGCGCGGCAGUCCUGGAGAAUUCUACAGGAGCCAAACUCCUUGAGUGCGCGGCUCCUGAAGGCCAUCUAUUUCCCUAACUCGUCAAUUCUAGAGGCUGAACUUGGCCCACACCCGUCGAAGAUAUGGCGGUCAAUCUUGGAUGGAAGGGAGGUCCUCGCCCAGGGACUGAUCAGACGUAUAGGCGAUGGGAGAACUACGAAGAUCUGGGAGCAUAAUUGGCUGCCAAGAGAUACGAACAUGAGACCUAUAGUGUCUUUAAAGCAAAACCCUCCUAUACUGGUCAGCCACCUGAUUGAUGAAACUAGCUCGACCUGGAGGGAGGAAAUUAUCCGGGAAUUUUUCUUACCAAUCGAUGCGGCAGUUAUUAUGAGCAUUCCAUUGUGCACUAGGAGGCAGGAAGAUUUUUGGGCCUGGAACUUUGAUAGAAGAGGAAUUUUCAGUGUAAGAUCGACGUACAGGAUGAUGAUAUCGACCAAAAUCAACAGAGAAAAUUACUAUGAAGGCAAUCCGGGGUCCUCUAAUGCUGAAGCCGAUUCGAAAGCAUGGUGUUCCUUAUGGAAAGUGCAAGUUCCCUCGAAAGUAAGGGUUUUUCUCUGGCGGCUAGCCCGACAAUCACUACCUACAGCUGAUCUAUUGGAACACCGUAACAUGGCACAAUCGAGCCGAUGCUCCCUUUGUGGUGGUGCAGAUUCAUGGAGACAUUCCUUAAUUGAAUGCAACAUGUCUGCCAGUGUGUGGGCUCUUUCUGAUGAUGAAAUGGUAGAGCAUAUGCGGGCUGUCGGAGAGCCAAGUGCGAAGAACUGGUUGUUUAAGAUGAUUGAAACGUUAUCACAUGUUCAAUUCACCAGGCUGACUGUCUCUUUGUGGGCAAUCUGGACGGCGAGGCGUAAAGCAAUACAUGAGGAAAUCUUUCAAAGCCCUCUGUCCACUCACGGUUUCAUCAACUCAUAUCUAGAAGAAUUAAAGACUUUGGCUCCACCGCGGACAUCAGAUUCUGGUCAAAGCCCAAACGUGAGACAGGCAAGAUGGAUGCCACCGCCUAGUCCUGUGCCAAAAAUCAAUGUUGAUGCUGCAGUUGCCAAGACAGAAGGUCGAGGGGUUGCUGCCGCGUUCUGCCGCGAUAGCAAUGGUGAUUACUUGGGGUCAUCUGUUGUUGUCUUUGUGGGAAUUACUGACCCGGCAAGAUCUGGAAGCUCGGCGGCGCGGGAGGCUCUAGCGUUGGCAGAGGAUCUCUCCCUGACACAUACAUAUAUUGUCUCAGAUUGCCAGGCCGUUGUAACAGAUAUAAGGGAUGGAUCUAUGGGAAAAUAUGGCUCUGUCAUCUCAGAAAUUCGGCACCGCUCCAACAAUUUCAGCAGCUGCACAUUCGCCCAUGAAAAUCGAGCUUCAAAUUUUGAAGCACACAAUCUUGCUAGGCAUAUGAUUAAUUCAGGGAUAGGACGCCACCUGUGGCUAGAUACUCCUUAUUCUGAUUCCAUUCCUCUAUUGGACCGGUGCUACAGCACCAGCAGCACCAAGCGCAGCUCCACCACUGGCCGAUUAGCGGAGGAGUCGUGGAUACUGGAGAGAGAUAGCGUCGAGGACCUCGAGGUCACGCGCAUCCUGCGAUUCCCCACGCCCCGAGCGGCCGAGCCCCCGACCGCCAUCGCCCGCCGGCCUCGCCCGCCCCCGCCGUCGCCCGCCGCCCCGCCGGCCUCGCCCGCCCCCGCCAUCGCCCGCCGCCCCGCGGGCCUCGCCCGUCGCCGCCCGCUAGCCUCGCCCGCCCUCAACCUCAACUCUGUUUCUCUGCCCGCCGUCGCCCGCCGGCCUCGCCUCGCCCGCCGUCGCCCGCCCUCAAGUCAAGGCUCAACUCUGCUUCUCUGCCCAGUCCGGCUCUCCGGCUGUCCGCCCCCAGUAAUGUCCGCCCCUGUCAUUGCAUAUGACCACUACUGCAUAUGA